AUGAUUGUUCUUUUGGAUCUGAGAGCAUCUGUAUCUGUUACACCAAACGUCUUGAUACUCGACACCGAUGCUAAAACUCCUGAUGGAGUGGAUGACGAUGGCAUGACUCCUGAAGUUGUUCUUGACACUGAUGAAUCCGAUUAUGACCCCUCAGAUGACGACGACGAAGAAGAAGAAGCGGGGACACUUUGGAAGACGAUGCUCAAAAACAUGACAGAUAAAACUUAA